AUGUCAACACUUAAAGAACUCAUCCAGACAAAUCCUGGACAAAAACAACUUUCAAACCUUUUGAGGGUUACUCCUGAUUUCAGGCAAACUUCAGCCGAAACAAAUCCUAAAGGAUUUACGAUUUUUGAUCGUAGGCAAUUCAAUGAGUCAAUUGUUUUAUUAAGAAAAUAUUACGAUGCUGUAAUUGAUGCAAAAGAAGUAGGAAAUGAUCCAAUUCAACAAGCGUUAGCUCUAGCACAAGAAGAUAUGAAAACUGAAGACCCCCAGAAAGUUCAAUAUGCUUUGAUGAUUUUUACUUCUCAUCAUCCUGAUGCACGUAAAAGUGGACUUCGUAUUCCACCAUUAACCCAUCGUGCUCCUGAAAUCAGUAUACCAAAAGCGAUUGCUCCCUCUUCUCCAAGUGUUGGUUCUUCAAUUAGUCAUUUAAUGAAGUAUUAUCAUGACGAUCCUAAUCUUAAUGAACAUCACGAACAUUGGCAUAAUGUUUAUCCACCUGGUGCACUCCCAGAUCCUUUCAAAAAAAAUGCAACCAUUUCCAAAGAUCGUCAAGGAGAAUUAUACGACGCAGAACGUAUUGGAUUAGGUUUAGAACCUAUUAAACCAUUUAGCAACUAUCGGGAUCCAAUCCCCGAAGGUUAUAAUCCAGAUGUUCAUGUGGUUGGACAAACUAACCCUGAUGAUGGUCCUGUUACCCAAUUUGCAUUUUCGGCACGUCCUGCUGGGGUGGUUCCAAAAGAUCUUAUUGGUAAAGAUCCAAUUAAAAUUUCUGAUUUAGAAGAAGCAAGAGCAAAUAUUACAAAAGCUAUUCAGCAAGGUAAAUUUGAUAAUGGUAAACCAAUUACAGCUGAUUUGUUGGGUAAUGUGAUUCAAUCUACAACAAUUGAAUUGAAGGAAUAUAGAAAAUAUGGAGAUUUACAUAAUAAUGAUAAAAAAAAUAACCCAGGAAUUCUUUCAGAACAAAGGUCUGCAGUUCGUGAUCCAUUAUUUUUCAGAUGGCACAAACAUAUUGAUGAAUUCUUUGUAUCAUGGCAAAAAACACUUCCUCCGCACGAUUUCAAAGAUUCGCCACCUGUUAAAAUCAAACAAAAUGGGUUCAUACUUGCAUUCAAAGAUAAAAUUCCUGGAAUUAAGGGUUUAGGUGAUGUUGAACAAGAUAAAUUGGCUAGUAAAUGGGGCGAGGAACAUUUUGGUGGAGCUAAUUACAUCAAAGAUCCUGAUGCUUCUGUCAGUACUACUACUUUGGAAACCAAGAUGAAGACACGUACUUGGACUUGGGUUGAAGAUGAUCAACGUACUGAAACCAUUGAAUACUUGUUUCCUAGAGAAUGGUAUUAUUUCUUCCGUGUUGAAAAUACUAGUGAUAAGAAUCUUAUUUUAACAUUCAGAAUAUUCCUUGCACCUGAAAAAACUAAAGAUUCAUUUGAAAGCUGGAUUGAAUUAGAUAAAUUUAAAUAUCCUAUUGGCCCCAAAGCUAAAGUAGUAGUAGCACGUGAUUGUGACAAGUCUUCAGUAGUUCGUCAACCACCACAAAAAACUGUAGAUCAAUUGGACGAUACAGUAACACAACCAGGAAAAAAAGAUAGUGACAAAGAACUAUAUUGUGAUUGUGGAUGGCCAUUCCAUUUAUUGUUGCCUCGGGGUGCUCCAAAUGGUACUCCAUACAAAUUGUUGGCAUUUGUCAGUGAUUGGAAUCUUGAUAAAGUACCUGAUGUCAAUACUAGAUGUGGUAGUUUGACUUUCUGUGGCGCUGAAAGACCUGGUGAAAAAUAUCCUGAUAUUAGACCAAUGGGCUAUCCAUUUGAUACAAAGUUCAAAGAUGGAUCAUUCGAAAAGACGUUCACCGGAUUAAAUAAUGCAGCUAUUAAAAACAUAAAGAUUGCGUUUGUCAAAGAUUUUCCAGAA